GUUCCCACGCGUGGUUUAGGAGGAAGUGAUUGACAGUAACUCAUCAUGAAGAUCAAAAGUGAAGAGCUGCAAUCAUUUUGUGAGGUCACCACUACAAUGCAUAAGAAAAGCAAAAGAAGAGGAAAAAAGAAGACUGUAUCCCAUGUGUCUGUGGAAGGGGUAGAUGAAGAAGGCCAGCAUGAUCAACCACUUCAGGAGCCAGAUUCGAAGACCUUCACACCAGUCAGGUGUGAGACCUGCCAGAUUCAGACCAACAGUGCUUCUCAACUGGCAAAUCACCUGAAAAGUAAGCGGCACGCGCGACGGCGGCGGGAGCUGCGCAUCCUGGCGGCGCUGGCCGAGACCGACGACGCGCCGCAGGCGAUGGAGCAGCACGAAGUCGACAGAGAGGCGCUUGCCGCACGGCUGGCACGCGGCCACGCCACCAUGGAAGCACCGCCACCUCUGAAGGAAUGUGAUCUUCCUGGCUGCAUCACCAAGUCCUGCUCUGGGAAGAUCCGGCAGAAAGUGUCGUACUCGUGCGAUCUCUGCAGUGUCCACCUCACCUCCCUGGCCAAGGCGCAAGAGCACCUGUCCUCGCAGCGGCACAGCGCUGCCGAGCAGGGCCUGCCGCCACCGGCCCGAGUCGAUCGGCGCCAGGCACGGCGCACCAAGACAAGGGCCGCCGCCAGUGGCUCGUGGUUCUGGUGA